AGAUUUUCGCUGCUCCUCAAGUAUUACUGUUUCCCAGACUGUUCUUGUUUUUAUACACACUUCACUGUAGCGCCACUAUAGUAGAUUGUGGAGGUUGUUACGCUGUUUUUUGCACAGUUUUCCCCGGUGACGGACAAACAGACAAGUGGGGGAGAUAGAUUCCCCCUCGACGUGGACGUGGUCAGUUGGCGUGUCCCGACAGUGACGGCGGCGGCGGCUGUGUGUGCAGUCCUGAACACUUCUGCACUGAACCCCCCUUCUCUAACAAACUGUAUCGCUCACUUAAGUUCCGCUCGUGACCUAGUUUUACACAUUUGGAAGAAAAGCCGGGGUUCAAGAUGUCUGUAGCGGGCUUGAAGAAGCAGUUUUAUAAAGCCAGCCAGAUGGUAAGUGAGAAAGUCGGCGGUGCAGAAGGAACUAAACUAGAUGAUGACUUCAGAGAUUUGGAACGGAAAGUAGAUGUGACCAAUAAAGCAGUAGUGGAGGUCAUCUCCAAAACAUCAGAAUACCUUCAACCCAACCCUGCGUCUCGGGCCAAACUGUCCAUGUUGAACACUAUGUCCAAGAUUCGUGGUCAGGUGAAGAACCCAGGUUAUCCUCAGGCAGAAGGGCUGCUAGGAGAGUGUAUGACCAAGUAUGGACGGGAACUGGGUGAAGAGACAAGCUUUGGUGGAGCGUUAGUAGAUGUGGGAGAGUCCAUGAAGAGAUUAGCAGAAGUCAAAGACUCUCUAGACAUCGAUGUCAAGCAGAACUUCAUUGAUCCGUUGCAAGGACUCAGUGACAAGGACCUCAGAGAGAUACAGCAUCACCUCAAGAAGCUUGAAGGCCGCAGACUGGACUAUGACUACAAGAAAAAGCGUCAGGGCAAGAUCCCAGAUGAGGAGGUCCGACAGGCUCUGGAGAAGUUUCACGAGUCAAAGGACGUGGCAGAGAACAGCAUGUACAACCUGUUGGAGAACGAUAUCGAGCAGGUGAGCCAGCUCUCCUCUCUGGUAGAGUCCCAGCUGCAGUACCACAGACAGGCUGUGCAGGUGCUGGAGGAGCUUUCUGACAAACUCCGAGAAAGGAUGAGUGACGCGCAGACUCGACCGAGACGUGAAUACACACCUAAACCCAAACCUAUCUACGACUUUGACAACAACCAUUCAAACGGUGGAUACUCGACCUCAAUGGCCCCUCCACCCUCGUUUAACUCGGAGUCGUCUUUUCACUUGGCCAGAUUGUCUUUUCGGAAACCCGGAUUGUCCCCGGAGCAGCCGAGCUGUAAGGCGCUGUACGACUUUGAUCCGGAGAACGAGGGCGAGCUGGGCUUCCGCGAGGGCGACAUCAUCACCCUGACCAAUCAGAUCGACGAGAACUGGUACGAGGGCAUGCUGAACGGCCAGUCGGGAUUCUUCCCCCUCAACUACGUCGAUGUCCUCGUCCCGUUGCCUCACUAAUACAAGACACAGCUGAGAGGAGAGAGAGCGAGAGAGAGAGAGCGCGAGCAAAGUUAGCAGAGAGAGGGAAGAAAGUGAAGUCGAGUGCUGGUCCGCAGAAAAUUCAUUUUCACCUUCAGCUCCAGUGUCAUCCUCGCUGACGAGCACUUUUUUUGUAGAGUUCUGGGGAAGAUGCUUUCAUUUCAGAGUCCAGAAAAGAAUAUUCAACAAAAGGUAAAAAAGGAAUCAAAUCGUCUCAAAAUGUCGGAAACAUUCAGAAGCAAUAUUUCCACUUUAACCACAAAUUACUGCUAUUGCUAUAGUGAAGAGAAUUGUAUGGGAUGUGUUGGUGAUGACGACUGGAAUGAUUUGUUAGUUUCAUGUGUUUAAAUCUCAGGUUGGUCACAGGGUCAACAGUCCGUUUUCAGACUGGACAGACCAACUGCACGCCUCACACUUCAAACCAUGUAACCUGACUGAAUAUGAUCAUUUCUAAAGUGGAAACUUCCAACUGUGCAGCUCCUGGCGCCACCUGCUGGUGUGACAGAGAACAAACUGCACAUGUAAGAAAAGAAAUGUAGUCACAGUUGGACCUAAAAUGACCCACUGAUGAGAAAAAGAAGCCAAAAUCAAUGCGUUAUUUCUGAUUUAGAGUGUUUGGACCAAAUUUUUACCUUUUUUUUUCUUCAGUUAUCCACUGAAAAUGAUGAUUGGCUUCACAAGAAAGUGGGUUUUCUUUAUCAUUUCAGUAUUAGAUUAAUAAGUUAGUCUCAGUUUCCUCCUGUAGAUCUCCUGAGUGCAGCGAGUACGUUCUUGCACCUUGGUCGUCAGAUGAGAUUGAUAGACUGUGUGUGUGUGUGAGACAGAUGAUUAACUCCACCGUUAUACAUAGACCCAAAGUUAAAUGCAGACAUUGCACCUGUUUUUUUUUUUGUUCUUUAGUCACAAGCGUGUGUAGAAAUGCAGAAUGAUUUGUGGUUUAGUGGUGGUCUUUAAUAUAAGAGACAGAGCCAAGAAAAAAAGAGUCUUUAUGAAAAUGCAAUAGCAACAUAUCACUCUGAGUGCGUCGGGGUUCUCAAACAGCCAUAUAAUCAUUUAGUUUCAGGCCUGUUUGUCUUCCUGUGUCCUUUUAUUUUGAAAGUCUUGUGACUCCUGUUUCAGGCGUCCACGUAAAAAAAAAAACCUUGACUACACGACGCUGCAGGCAGCGACGCAGUAACCUACUGUCCCACUCUGUCUGUCUGUCUGUCUGUCUGUCUGCCUUCAUGUGUUGGAGAAUGUGAAACUCAUUUCAGCUUGGAACGCUUCGUCUUUUUAUUCUGAUGGUUCGCGCCAUUGAUUCUGUUUCUUGUUUUAGUCUUUUUUUCUUGUUUCGAUAGAACCACAGGACACACACACCUGCAGUGGUUUGGAGUCUAACGCAGCGUUGAUUUCGACAGAUGCGAGGGAAAGUCCCGGAGUGAAAAGGGAAAACAUCAAGGGAAAUAAAGUGAAAGUAAAGUAGAAAGUGCCUUAGAGAGCAUUUACCUCCGCCAAACACUAAAAACCUGGAUUCUUCCUGUGCAAUAUUUGUCAAGGAAUUCCUAAAGGAAUCUCGCCAGGGCAGUUGUGCGUUUGUUUUUGUACCAUUUGUAAGAUGCAGAUGUUUACCGUCAGCAGAUAUUAAUGAACGUUCUUCUCUUCAGCGUUUUCUUCUUGUGCCACUGAAAACAACGUCCACGUCCAGUGAAAGUCAGUCUUAUAUUAGGACUGGAUCUGAGGAAAAUAUCUCUAAUAUCUUAGCGAACAAUGUAAAAGAAUAAAGAAAGAAUUUAAUAAGUAAAUUGCAGCAUUUGCAGUUUAAUAAUGGCCUGGUUUCAAAGAGGGAUUUUGACUUAAAGGUCCAGUGUGUAAUAUCUUGGAGUCGGUUACCCAUUAGUACAUUUGUAUCAGUGAAAAAUAACAUUAGUCAGGGUUCCCACGGGUCCUUGAAAUCCUUGAAAGUUUGUAAAUUUGAAAAAAAAUAUUUCAAGACCCUUGAAAGAUUCUGAAAUUCGCCCUUAAUAGACAUGGAAAAGUGGCUUGAAAGUGCUUGAAUUUUGUGAGAAAGAAAGAAGUUGAUAUUUAGGUAAAUGUCUCCCUUGUUUAUUACGACGCCACCUACUGGUUCAUGCCCUGCAUUGCUUAAUGAACGUAGCCUGGGCCUAGUGAUACCAUGAUAUCAAUGAUCAGGAAUAGAAAUGUGGGUGGUGUCAUUUUUCCAUCACCGUUACACUGUAAUCAGUUUUAACAUCAUAAUUAAAAGUGUAACCUAAAACACUGUCUGUUUAUGUGUGACAGGUACGAUCAAAUCUUCUCUUCCAAAGAAGUUUAGUUUGUCCAUUGUGGGCUACUGUAAAAACAUGGUGGUUUAAAAACAGUUAUCAGCUGCAUCUCACUGUUAUUUUCAUAAUCGAGCACUUGUUUAGAUCCAGAAAAGGUCUGUUUUUGUUUAAUGAUUUAUUUAUUAUACGUUGCAAAGAAACCAGAGAAUAUUCACAUUUAAGAAGCUGAGAAAUCAGCAAAUCUUAAAAAAACAACAACGCUCAAACCGAUGAAUCGAUAAUCAAAAUGGUUGACAAUUAAUUUAGAAGAAUUGAUUAACGAUCGAUGAAUCAAGUAAUUGUUUCCGCCCUAAUAUCAACAUAACAGGAAAACAGCUCAUACAAUCAGCUGAUUGUACACUCAAAGAGUCGAGAGGUUCUACUUUUGCCAAAUUAAUUUCACCAGAAUGUUACACACUGGACCUUUAAAUAAAUAAAUAAAUAAAUAAAUAAAUAAAUAAACAAACAAGUAUCCUCCCUGUAAUAGAGAGGAUGUAAUGUAAUGUAAAUGUAAUGUUUGUGUAAACGACAGUGAAACCUAAACUCCAUGGCGGAGGUAAGUAUUUUACAGAAGUUUUAAUAGUGAAUGAGAACGUGUUUGUGCCACAUUAACCCUCGUCCUUCACUCCACACUGUCAGACAUGACAUGUCCCCUCCCCGGUCCCCCGUCCGUCCCCCGUCUCCCUCACUCUCCCCCCCGAGUUUGCUCCAUGUCUACAUGUUUACAUCUGUGAUCUUACUACAUUUCAAUGCUUGUAUCCAGUUCAAGGCAAAGUUAAAGGACUGUAGGGGGCGCUGUCUGGGUCACACUGUAAUGAAAACUUUUUCAAAACAAAAGAAAGAAUAAGAGUCCUUGCUCGCUUUGUUCCAGUGCCUUUGGUAAAAGGAAAGGAGGGAAAGAACCGCGACUAAUACACCAACCAAAACCUAACCUUGCUACUUUCUUUUUUUUCUUUUCUAAUUUUUGUUUUUUAUUUGUAGCCGUUGGCACUUUUCCUGUGUAAAGAUGAAAUGCAUGAGUGCACAUUUCUGCACAUUUAUGACACUACAACAUGUUGUGUUUAGCGGACGUGAGUUUUAUCAACAAACCACCAGUGGAAACUGCUCUUAAUGUAGAAUUUAAUCCAGAAAUAAAGUGAUGGUCCCACUGAUUUCUUCUUUUAAAGGGCUAAGCUUUUGUUUAAUCAGUCUUAAAAAGAAAAACAAAGAUAAAAAAACAUUCUGGCUCUUUAUAGUAUUAUUUUUUUAUAUACGAGACCUUUUAAAUGAAUCUUUGCAUGUAGUCAUAUGUUACACAUUGUAUAUGUUUGUCUUUAGAUUUAAGUUGCCUUUUUACUUUUGGUAUGAGCACAGACUUUAAACGCAAUAUUUCGUCUUUUAUUAUCAAAGUAUUUGUACAUGCUUCUGUCCUGUCCUCCCCCACCUCUCCCCCCAUUCUUACAAUAAAUAAAAACAGAAAAAUG